AUGGGGAUUGACAGUCAGUACUUACUUGGGAACAUGGGGAUUGGCAGUCAGUGCUUACUUAGGAACAUGGGGAUUGACAGUCAGUACUUACUUGGGAACAUGGGGAUUAGCAGUCAGUGCUUACUUGGUAACAUGGGGAUUGACAGUCACUACUUACUUGGGAACAUGGGGAUUGGCAGUCAGUGCUUACUUAGGAACAUGGGGAUUGACAGUCAGUGCUUAAUUGGGAACAUGGGGAUUGACAGUCAGUGCUUAUUUGGGAACAUGGGGAUUGGCAGUCAGUGCUUACUUGGGAACAUGGGGAUUGACAGUCAGUGCUUAAUUGGGAACAUGGGGAUUGACAGUCAGUGCUUAAUUGGGAACAUGGGGAUUGACAGUCAGUGCUUAAUUGGGAACAUGGGGAUUGACAGUCAGUGCUUACUUGGGAACAUGGGGAUUGACAGUCAGUGCUUACUUGGGAACAUGGGGAUUGACAGUCAGUGCUUACUUGGGAACAUGGGGAUUGACAGUCAGUGCUUAAUUGGGAACAUGGGGAUUGACAGUCAGUACUUACUUGGGAACAUGGGGAUUGACAGUCAGUGCUUAAUUGGGAACAUGGGGAUUGACAGUCACUGCUUACUUGGGAACAUGGGGAUUGACAGUCAGUACUUACUUGGGAACAUGCGGAUUGACAGUCAGUACUUACUUGGGAACAUGCGGAUUGACAGUCAGUGCUUACUUGGGAACAUGGGGAUUGGCAGUCAGUACUUACUUGGGAACAUGGGGAUUGACAGUCAGUGCUUACUUGGGAACAUGGGGAUUGACAGUCAGUGCUUACUUGGGAACAUGGGGAUUGACAGUCAGUGCUUACUUGGGAACAUGCGGAUUGACAGUCAGUACUUACUUGGGAACAUGGGGAUUGACAGUCAGUGCUUACUUGGGAACAUGGGGAUUGACAGUCAGUGCUUAAUUGGGAACAUGGGGAUUGACAGUCAGUACUUACUUGGGAACAUGGGGAUUGACAGUCAGUGCUUAAUUGGGAACAUGGGGAUUGACAGUCAGUGCUUAAUUGGGAACAUGGGGAUUGACAGUCAGUGCUUAAUUGGGAACAUGGGGAUUGACAGUCAGUACUACUUGGGAACAUGGGGAUUGACAGUCAGUGCUUACUUGGGAUCAUGGGGAUUGACAGUCAGUGCUUAA